GUCAUCGACAUCAACGAGUGGGAGGCGGCAUACAACCAGCGUUCCUUGGAUCCCGUGCAAAUACAGGUUAUUAUUGACGCAAUGACGACGGCCUACUCUCAGACCGAGAAGACUUACGAGCUGCCGACACUAAAGCUCGCGCCUCUUGGGCUGGUUAAACCGACGCCCGGGGUGCGGGCGGAUCGUCUGAAGCCGGAGGACUGGAGGGACGAGCUGGCAGGGCAAUACUACUACUACGCUGUGGCGGGCCAGCAUAACGCGGGUGCAGCCAGGGCGCUGCUUGGCACCGAUGUGGCGGUGAGGUACAACUUCGAGCGCUGGCCUGCACGAAUGGUGUACUUCUCGGACGAGGACUUUGAGGGGUACUUUCUGGUCAGCGCCGAGGACAACAAGAAAGACCUGAAGGCCCCUCCAAGACAGCUGGAACUCUCCAUGAGAGACAUUCGGUGGUGUUGGAAGGAAUUGGGUUACUCGAAAGCUGUUAUGGGUAACCCCAGCGGGAGACAGGCGCAGGUGGAGGCAUGGCGAAGAUUUUGUUCUCAACUGCGAGGUGGUCUGGGUGCAAAUAGGGUCCUCCGCGUUGGCGAAGCAAGGGAAGCUGGGAUGCAAGAGGCAGUGCAACUGAUGAAGUGCGAUCGCAUAUUGGUGUGGUUGUGGAACUACUACCAGUUCAAGCAUGAGAACCGGCCAGACAAUGACUGGACCACUAAGUACCCCUUCCUGAAAAAACAAGAGGCGAUUUUGGCAAAGUUUGAAGGGCAGGGGCUGGAUGCAGCGUUGUGGGACGGGAGCAGGAAACUUGUCAGCGACUCCUCCUUGUUCAAGGACUGUCCGCCCUACAUGGGUUGUGAGGACGACAAGUCGAUCAAGGCGACAGAAAAGCUAGUCCAAAACAAGAAGUUGCCCAUCGACUGGAAGAACAAGGUCCUCUCCGUGUUGACCGGCAGCAGGUCGAAAAGCAUGGAAGUCGCGCUGGCCGAACGGAUGGUGCACAUUUUGUGGAACGACUCAAAGGACGUCACAACUAUUACCCCGUUUGGCGUCGACCCUCUAGAUGUGCAGAUGAAGGUUGUGGAGUUGGAGAGGGCGGUCGGAAUCAUGAAAUGCCACACGUGCGUUCUCGACUUGUGCGAACCGGUGAACAUCAAACAGUGGACAGCUAAAGUCUUCGAGAGUUUGAAUGCCCUCCUGGAGCACUUGUUCCCCUCGCACUGGAUAGUAGUCGCGUUCGUCCCCCGUGAGCACGACUACUACUUCAUGACCAGCCUGCACCAUCUAUCCGUCGUGAAGGCAAUGGCCGGGAAGUGGGUGAGGAGGACACAGCAGAAGAAAAGUUUCGGUGUCGGCCACAACUUGUACGCCUUGGACGACCGCAUAUACAUCCUUUUCAAAGGCGACGACUUGUGGGAGAACACAUGUGUUGUCUACGACGCGAGGUUGGCGACGGGUGAUGCUCCCGCGGUGGGGGCACUUCAGAAAGUGACUCCCACUGAGAUAUUCCACAUUCCGUUCGACACUUGUGAAUGGCCCGUCGUGAUACAUGGGCGUGAUCCCGUGGUGUACAAGGGCCAUGAGCGGAACCCCACAAUUUCGCCCAUCUGCUGGAAUUCCUUUGCAAAAAGGGGGACGGCAUCAUGUUCCUCGGGAAAGCGCACGCACAAGUCGUGUGAGAGGUUUUGAAGGGUGGUCGCAACGUUAUCGCGUUGGAGGGGAAUUCCGAGUGGUUGCAAUUCACGUU